AAAGAAACAAAAAAAUUAAAUUUUAACAAAAAAAAAAUUAUUUAAAAAAAUAUGUUAAAAAAUUGAAUGAGAUGCCAACAAAAAAUAAAACGAAAAAAAUAUAAAUUUUAUUUUACACAAACGUUAAAGUGAAAAUAAUGAUGUUCAUUCGUAUUCUAUUAGCAAUAUUAUUUUAUAGAGGAAUUGAGUGUCAAUACAAAACGAUUGAAAGUGAUUUCACAAUGAAUCAAGACGAAGUCUUUAAACAAAAUCAAAAUCAAGACAUUUAUAAAAUGAAUAAACCCCUCGAUCGGGGACCAUAUUUUGAUACGUCGGCAACGAAAAAUGUUACCUCGCUGGUGGGACGGACGGCUCAUCUGAAUUGUCGCAUCAAGAAUUUGGGCAAUAAAACUGUAUCCUGGAUACGUCACAGAGAUUUGCAUUUGUUAACAGUGGGUGAAACCACAUACACAUCGGACCAACGUUUUACGAGCAUAUACAAUAAACUAUCCGAGGAUUGGUCGUUACAAAUCAAAUAUCCCCAAUUAAAAGAUUCUGGCACCUAUGAGUGCCAAGUCUCCACCACGCCACCCGUCGGCUAUACAAUGGUCUUUUCGGUGGUAGAACCCAUCACAACAAUACCCGGCGGACCCGAACUCUAUAUAGAUGUGGGAUCAACGGUGAAUUUAACGUGUAUUGUUAAGCAUCUGCCCGAUCCACCCACCUCAGUACAUUGGACCCACAAUAACGAAGAAAUCAACUAUGAUUCACCGCGCGGUGGUGUUUCGGUCAUAACGGAAAAAGGCGAUAUAACAACCUCUUACUUAUUAAUACAACGUGCAACGAUAGCCGAUUCUGGUAUGUACACCUGUCUGCCCUCGAAUGCAAAUCCCAAAUCCGUUACCGUACACAUACUACAGGGUGAACAUCCUGCCGCUGUUCAGGGCACCAAAAAGAUAACUUCAUAUGUCAUCAAUAUACCCAUAAUAUUAGUGUUGAAUUUAUAUUUGUUAUGACCAAUAAUAGGAUGGAUUUUUUAAAAAAAAUACCUUCUAUAUAAAACAAAAAAAAAAAAAACAAAAAAAAUCAUUAAAUAAAUUAAUAUUAAUUUAAAUGUAAA